AUGAGUAAAAAUAAGAAAUUAUUCAUUGAAAAUGAUAACAUUGAUAUCAUUUGUUUCAGUUUAGUUUGUAAGAGAUGGUACAAUGAAAGAGAUAAAUAUUUAAUAUUCAACACUGAUCUUAUCAACCUAUUUGCACUUAAAAACACUAAUAUCUAUCAAAAUAAUGAGCAUUUCAAAUUACCAUCAUAUCAUAAUAUCUUUUUGAAAUCAAUUCAAUCAAAGAUGAAUUGUAAACUGGUUUUAAGUAAAUCAUUAUACCAAUAUCAGAAAUACGAUUAUCAUUAUGGUAAACUAACUGUUUUAAUGUAUAAUUAUGAAGAUGAUUCUAGAAAACUCAAAAGUAUUCCCAGCAAUGUUUCAACAAUCUAUAAUUAUACUGAGAAUAUUCAGGAGAAUAUCUAUAGAUUAUUAUCAGAAUCACAAUCAGUAACAAAGUUUGAUGGUUGCGGCACAUUGAAAUAUGGAUUACCAAAGUCAAUCAAAUCAAUUAGAUUCAAAUAUGAUUUCGAUGAACCACUUGUUAAAGGAUCUCUACCCAAUUCUUUAGAGGUACUAAAAUUCAAUGCUCCAAUCGAACAAGAGAUUCCACCAGGUGUACUUCCAGACGGAUUGGUCAAACUUACUCUAACCAACUAUGAAUUUGUAAUUCCGCCAGGUGUACUUCCAAAUGGUUUGUAUAAGCUUAAUCUUGACAGCUGUGAAUAUGAAAUUCCACCAGGUGUACUUCCAUAUGGUUUGCGCAAACUUAAUCUCAGCAGCUAUCAAUAUGAAGUUCGACCAGGUGUACUUCCAAGUGGUUUGUUGGAAUUAAUUCUUGGAUGUAAGCAUGAAAUUCAAGCAGGUGUACUUCCAAAUGGUUUACAGAAAUUUACUCUGGAUGGCUAUCAAUAUGAAAUUCAACCAGGUGUAUUACCAUCAUCUCUUAAACAUUUUUCUCUGUGCGAUACUCCACUCAAUGAUGAUUUACAAUAUACAAUCGAUUCUACAACUUUUGAAGAUAGUGUAUUAAUGAAAUCAUGUUUACCAAUUUCAUGGUUACAAGCAAUAUCUUCUCUUUCCAAUCUUCAAUCACUUGACAUAUAUGUUCCCAAACACAAUCGACAAGAUAUCACUGUAUUCAACGUCAAUUAUCUCCCACGAACUUUAGAGUCUCUUUAUCUUAGACUUCAAAGUAAAGAUAGCGUAUUGAAAGGAACAAUGCCAACAUCAUUGAGAAUCUUCCACCUAGAUCAUUGUCAAUUUAAGGUCGAUGAAAUAUUCCCAGAAACUAAGCAAUAUUACUUUGAAGUAUUUGAUUUUGGAAAUGACAAUAUUCUUCCAAUCCCGUCAAACAUAAAGAUCGAUACAUUGUUUAUAUCUGGUGAACCAAGAGAAUCAACGAUAUCUUUACCAUCCCGAAUUAGAUCAAUCAGCUUAUUUAUGGAAGUAUCUGGUUCAAAUGAGAAUAUAUUUGAUUUUGGUAAUACUGAUCAAACAUGUUCACUAAAAGAACUGCGUCUUCCAACAUUCAAAGAAGGAGCUCCUAAAGUUAAACUACCAAACACCAUUGAAUAUAUGGAUAUUGGAAAAAAUUUUCUUGAUGAUUUACAUUUGAUACCACCAACACUCAAUACUCUUGUCUUUAGAAACCUAUCUAAAAUCAAUAACACCGUUCCAGAAACUAUCAAAUCAAUCACCAAUAUCAUUCAUAGAUUUGAAUCAUAUCAAACACAAACAAUUAGAAAGUUGGACGAUAAUUAUUAUUUUAUGUGUUCUGAAAAUGAUAUAUCACCCAAAGGAAACUUAAUCGCUAAAAUAUUUCAUCAAUCUAAAUUUGAAAAAAUUUUAAGAGGAAAUGAAUAA